AUGACACAAGCGCCUGAUUUGAUACGCCCCAAAGGACGUCCUUUAGAGUCUAAAGGCAGAACGAAAACUCGAUUACGUUUGAUUGAAGACCUCGCCAGCGUGACUAAGUUCAUUGUGCAUCUCGACAGUUCCAAUGCAAUCCUAAGUAAAGCAGAAUUCGAUUUACUUGAAAAGACAUUUUCGGGCGAUCGCCUUGAAGACCGUCCACGUACAGAUCUGCCGCGGGCAAACCCGGCUACACUGUAUGCUGGUAAUGGAGGCGAGAUUGCUGAGAAGAAAGAAUUCACGCAUACCGAAGAAAGUCCCCCUCCGUACGCGGGAUCUGCGCCUUAUCCUCAAAGUUCCAAUGAUGAGUCCGCUGGUGUAACUCGUGUCCUAACUCUUCUGAAAGAUGUUGUAUGCCGCCUAGACAAUAUCGAAAAUCGGAUUGAGACGCGCUUUAAUGCCAUGGAAAGCCGAGUUUCUGGGUUAGAACGGUAUAUCAAAGACAAUCUCAGAGACGCACUAGAUAAUGGCCGCAGUCCGUGCCGAUAUGGAACGGAAGAGAAAGAAGAGAUCUUUGAAGAGAUGAAUAACCAGUUUGACGACUGCGCAACAGAUCUAAGAUGGGCUUGCCAAGAUGCAAUUACAGAAAUGGAGAAGGAAAGCGGCAGGAUAUUGACUCAAGCGACGGAAGAUCUGAAAGAAGAAGUGAGACAAUCAAAUGACGACGCUUUGGACAAUAUCGACCAAACUAUAGACGACAGAGUACGAGAGACGCUCAAGACCGCGAAAAUCAAGUUCGAUGGCACAUUUGGAUUAGAGUUUUAG